CGAGCGAAAGUUGUUCGAGCGAAAGCUUCGGUGAGCAGUUUUGAUAACCGCAAAUAAAAUGGCACAGCUUAUUCAAGAUACGAAUAUUACCAGUUCUUUAGCUGUUUCUAAAUCAAUGCAAAAUGGUGAUAAUGUACUUGAUGAAAAAGCAUUGCUACAUGAAAAAGAAGAGACAGAUAUUAUAUUGAUACAUGACAACUCUGAUAAAGAAUUAGGAAAUCAUAAGAAUAAAGAAGUACAGAAUAAUAAAUUGCAUAGUACUAAAUCAUUUGAAAAAGUUUUUUCAUGGCUUAUUACAUUUGAUAAAGUAAUGCAAUCAUCUAUAGGGAAUAGAAGUUUCCAUCUUCUAGAACAAUUGCUGUCCAUUUAUGUCAAUAAUAUUUUAAAAUUUAUGGAAAUAAAUUAUAUCAUGACAUUUGAAGUCAUUAAAUUGAAAAAGCAUAUGAGUAAUACCUUAAUAUUUUUUCACUUUUAUUGACACGAUAUUAAUGAGCACGUAAGCAAUUAUAACUGUUAUUUAAACAAAAUAUCAGUAUUAUUGGCAAUAUAUGUAGAUAUAGAAUUGAGAACUUCUAAACGCUCUAAGGAUCCUUCUAAGAUAGCUGCAAAACUUUUCAGUGCAUUAUGGAUAUAUUUAAAUAAAUCAAACGAGCAUAUAUUUAAAGUAUUACUUAGGAUUAAACUGAUUACCAAAAGAUACGCAAAGAUUUGUGAUCUUAUAUUCUCUAAAAGUUUUACAAAUUUAAAAACAAAUGGAGAAUCUAUGACUGGGAUAAAAUAUAUCAGGUAUUUAUUCGCUUUAAAGCUUUGGAGAAAAAUAAAAGAAAAUUCAGAAGAAACAAAACAAGUUGAUGAAUUAGCUGUGGCUAUAUUGGGAUCACAUAUGCCAAAGAUGCAAGCAGAAUUAUUGAAACUGGUACCUAAACUUCCUUUGAAUUGUAAAAAUGAAACUUUAUGGUUAAUGCAACCAAACUUAUUUGAUCUAAAACAAGCAUGUAAUGAUUUCCUAAUACUUGAAGAAAAAAUUGAGAUGACGGAAUAUAAUGAAUCGCUUUCUACAAUAAAAACUGAAAGAAUACAUAAUUCUACAAAUCCAGAGACAAGUAUAAAUACCAUCAAGAAUAAAGAAAUAGAUUCCUUGGGUUGUAUAUCUAAUAUAAAUCAGAAGAUAACUUUAGAUGAAAGUAAAUUAAUGAAAGAUAUUUCUGAAAAAAAUGAUAAUUCUAUAAAAAGUCAUAUUAAAAAAAAAAUAGGAAAAAAUAAGAAAUUCAAAUUUGUGCCAAAUGUAAAACCAGGGGAAAUAAUAGUCAUUGAUUUUUCUAAAGAUAAUGAGGAAUGUAUUUCCCUGAAUAAAAAGAAAAAGAAUAAAUGUAAAAAAAAUUUGGGAUGGCUUAGAAUUAUGACAAAGAAGUAUCAGAAAAACCAAAAACUUUUUUUUAUAGAUGAUGCGAAAAAUAUUGACACUAAAGAAUAUGCAGAUACAGUAAAUAAACAAAAUAGAUUAGAAGACUUGCAAAGCUCUCUACCAUCUUUAAUUGGUCAUGAUAGUUUCUGUAAUACGUUAAAUUUUAAUGAACGAAUAAUAAAUCCUUGCCUGAUUAAAAAAUGUGUAGAAGAUAAAACGUUAAGUGAUAAUAACGAAAAAAAUAUUGAAUUUUACAAUCAAGAACCCUUGAUAAAUAUUACAGAUUCAUCUGCAUUAAGAAAAAAAUGUGAACAAUCUGUUAAUCAAAAUUCGAUUGGUAGAUGUGUAGAUAUAGUUGCAUUUGGUUUAAAUGCAAAGGCAGAAGAAGAUUUUGAUUUAUUUUCAUUAGAUGAUAAUGGUUCUAUAUCGAUGUUUAAAAAUAUAUCUUCUUCAUGUUCAUCGCCAUUACUUAUCCAAUCAGAUAUAAAAAUUUCUGAAUCUAGAGAAUGUGUUUCAAAUCUUGAUUUUAAAAGCUCUGAUUGCGAAUCCAAUGAUAUGAGAAUGGAACAAGUUUAUGACUUCCAAGAAGCAGAUAUUUUAAAAGAAAAUAGUUCACAAACAAAUACAACUAAUCAAACUUUAAUGGAUGAAGCAUGUAUUUCCAAGGAUGUACCUUCAAAUCAUUUACCGAUUCAAACUGAAGAUCUUUUUGUACCACCAUAUAAUAAUAUACCAACGUCUUCAUUGCAAUUAGACUUUGAAUUAUUACCAACAGAACAAUUGAUAGAAACAUUUAAUUCAUCAUUACCUUUCAGUCAGUAUGAUUUAGUACCAAAUAAUCCAAUUCCUUUGGACUCACAAUCUACAUCUACAGAAAAUGAUAAUAUAAAUAUACAACAAAUUGUAACUGGAUUACAAUCAGUUGAACCUUAUGAACGAAUACAGCAAAACAUAAAGAUAUCUUCUGAUUGCAACCAAUUAUAUACAGACAAAGAGAUAAUGGAAAAUACAAGUAAUUUUUGGAAGCAAGUAGAAUUAACGGAUUUAGAUGAUACUUUACCACAAAAAAAAAAUAUAACGUUGAAUUUCCGACAACCGAAUAUUAUUUUUAAAAAUGAUAUAGAGACUGAUCAAUCUGUAAUUAUGAUAACAGAAGGUGUAUCAGAAGGUGUAUCAGAAGGUGUAUCAGAAGAUGCCAAUCUUUUAUAUAAAGUAGAAUCAGAAGGCAAUAUUUUAAUACCAACAGAAAAAUCUUGCUUAAAACCUUUAAAAGGAAAUAUUACGAAGUCUGAUACUCAAAUUUCCAAAAUACCUCUUAUACAAGACAAAUGUAUGAAAGAAAUUUCAACAAAGAUCUCUGUAAGGCCCAAUGUUAGAAAACUUGAUAUAACAUCAUUCAAUGAAGAAACAUCAAUCAAAAGAAGAAAAGUUACAUCCGAAUUUUUACCUCUUUUAGAUGCAAGUAGAGUUACAUAUUCAACGAAUACACAAGCUCAAGCAAAAGAUUUACUUUCUGGAAUGAAAGAUGUCUGCAUUGAAGAUCUAUGGUUACUACAAAUUUUAAAUCAAAUAUGAUGGAAUCAAUGGUCAAAAUAUGCAUAUGAUACCACCAAUUGCAGUUAAAGCAUAUCAUGCAGCCUAUCAUGUACAAGCUUCUAUUACUACCGAAGAAGCAAAAAAUUUGCAUUGAAAAUAUGAUGGAUAAGAUCUAAAAAUCCUGAAUAUAAUAUGAAUAUAUUAUAUUGACAAUUUAGCAAAUUAAAUAACUUCGUGGAUAUGCCACAA